GAUGCCAAAAAAAAAAAAAAAAAAAACUAGUGCAGGGGCGGAGAGGAGCGGAGCAGACAGACAGAGAGCUGCCAGGCUGCGCUGACAGCAGAGGUUUACAUCCGAGCGCCGGAGACGUGCUGGACUUUCUACGCUGAGACGCUCCCAGGUGAUAAUAUUCACACAGAAAAAAAAAGAGAGAGCCUUGAUCUUUAUAAACACAAAGAGAGCGGAGGAAGAGAGGACGCAACGCUGUUCGGAGAGACUGACGAGGCAAGUGCGAAGGAGAGUCGGCACCAAGUUGCUUCUGCGCUCCGCUGCUGCGCCGAUGGCAUCCGUGCUUGGAAACAGCAGCCGCGGCUCGGGCGCUCCGAGCGGCCAGGUUAGAUGCAAGCUGAAGCGGAGGAGGAGGAGGCGAUCCAAGAGGAGAGCAGAGAAAGUCAGUAUGCUGUCGGCAUUGAUCGCUCCCUUCAAGUACAUAAGCCCUGGGACUAGCAGCACGGAGGACGAGGACAGUUUUAGCACAAGCAGUGCAGAAGUAAAGGAAAACCGUAACAUCGGUAACUUAGAGGAUCUUCCCAUCAGCUCUGGAGAAUGCCAGUCUCUUUUCUGCUCUGACUCAUCGAGAGGGGCAAGCUCUGGCCUGAAGAGGAAACGGCCUCUGGAAGAAGACAAUAAUGGACACAUGUGUCAGCUGCGCCUGAUCUAUAAGAAACUGUCCUGGUCUGAGGCGCCAAAGAAUGCCCUGGUGCAGUUAAACGAGCUUCGACCAGGCCUGCAAUACCGCAUGGUAUCCCAGACUGGCCCUGUCCAUGCUCCUGUCUUCUCUAUUGCUGUUGAGGUUAAUGGACUGACCUUUGAGGGAACAGGACCCACAAAGAAGAAAGCAAAGAUGAGGGCUGCAGAAAUGGCUCUUAAGUCUUUCAUCCAGUUCCCCAAUGCUCCCCAGGCGCACCUAGCCAUGGGAAGCAUCUCAAACCCUUCAGCAGACUUUACAUCGGACCAGGCUGACUUCCCAGACACGCUCUUUAAGGAAUUUGAAUCAUCCAAUGGCCUCACCAUUUGUAACCCUGCAAGCGAGAGUGACUUGCUAUCAAGCGAGUUGCUAAGACACGGAAGGCUGCUUCGUCAUACGUUGGACCUCAUGGUACAGGCUCAGCAGAGGCUUGGUGGGAUUGUUCCAGAGCCUGAGACGCCAAAGAGUCCUGUGGCGUUGCUCAAUGAGCUCCGGCCAGGCUUGCGUUACGCCUGUCUUUCAGAACGUGCAGAGGGCAGGCGCCUCCGGAGCUUUGUGAUGGCUGUAAGGGUGGACGGCCGGAUAUUUGAGGGCUGUGGUCGUAGCAAGAAGCUUGCCAAGACCCAGGCAGCCCGGAGUGCUCUUCAGGCCCUCUUCAACAUCAGGACAGCACCUGAAGGGAGGAUGGGCCUCAAAGCCAGCAGAAAGAGUUGUCCUCAUUUACCCCAGGAUUUUGCCGAUUCAAUAUUCCAGUUGGUGAGGGAGAAGUACCGAUCGCUGGUGGGUGGCUGCAGCCCAGCACACGCUCGACACAAAUCCCUAGCAGGCAUCGUAAUGACCCGAGAUUUGGACCUGAGGCACGCCCAAGUUGUGGCGCUAUCCACAGGAACCAAAUGCAUCAACGGGGAGUACCUGAGCGACCAAGGACAGGUGGUCAAUGACUGUCAUGCAGAAGUGACAGUUCGCAGGGCUUUGAUACGUUUUCUCUACUCUCAAUUGGAACUCUUCCUAAGUAAAAGGCUGGAGGACUGGGAGGAGUCGAUAUUCGUCCGCCACAAAGAGCACAGCUACAGGUUGAGAGACAACGUCCAUUUCCACAUGUACAUCAGCACCUCACCGUGUGGCGACGGGAGACUCAACUCACCAUAUGAAAUUACAAGCGAUUUACACAGCAGCAGACAUCUAAUGAGGAAGCAUCGAAGCCACCUGCGGACCAAAAUCGAGUCUGGCGAAGGGACGGUUCCUUUGCCAUGCCGAGGGCCUGUCCAGACGUGGGAUGGCAUCCUGCAAGGGGAACAACUCAUCACCAUGUCCUGCACUGACAAGAUCACCAGGUGGAACAUCUUGGGCCUGCAGGGGGCCUUGCUGAGCCACUUUGUGGAGCCUGUGUACCUGCACAGCAUUACCGUCGGCAGCCUGCGCCACACGGGCCAUCUGUGCCGAGUUCUGAACCAGCGGCAGGAACGCCUGGGCCCUCUGCCCACCACAUACAGACGCAGCCAACCCCUACUUAGUGGGUUGAGCAACGCUGAGUACCAGCAGCAGGGGAAGGCCACGUGCGUCAGCGUCAACUGGACUGUGGGCGACCCGCAGCUGGAGGUGAUCAACACAGCGACGGGACGGCGAUGGGAUUCGGGGACGCAACCACGCCUCUGCAAGCACGCCCUGUUCGCCCGCUGGACCAGACUGUACCGUAAGCUGGGGGUCCACAUCUCCUGCUCAGCAGCGAACCGGGAACCCAUGUACAGCGAGGCCAAGAAUGCGGCGCGUCCUUACCAGACAGCCAAGCAGCAGUGGUUCAAGUCUCUGCAGGAGGCGGGCCUCGGUACCUGGGUGAAGAAGCCGCCGGAGCAGGAGCAGUUCCUGCUGUCCGCCUAAGCGAGUGUGUGUGUGUAUGACGUUUAUUUUUGUAGGAAGAGAUGUCAAACCUCCCAGUUUCAUUCCAGGAAGUGUAGGCCUACCCUCCAAACUAAAGAUUACCGACUCAUCCGUGUGUCUGUGGUUCAUUCUGUUUUGUGUCGCCUUUUCAUUCCGUCACCGAAACCACUGCCGGUCAAACAUGAGGAACACUGGAGUUCAAACACUGGACUUUUUCCUCCGAUGUUCCUUGAACACAAACACACAGGUUUGAGCCAACAGCCAUCUAAAUGCACCCCGUUCCCUUCUGUGGCUGUCAAGGAAAAGGGGUUGGGGUAACCUUGAGCGGAAUGAAAGGCAGCCGCUAUCUUGUCAUCAGCUAUUUCCGGGCCCCGAGGCUCCUGCUGAGGAAAGGAGCCACAGGGGAGGGAGAGCGAGACAGACAGAGAAAGGGGAAGGGAGAAAGGAAGAAAAAAAAAGAGGGUCUACGUCCAAUUACGGGCCCUGUCAGGGUGACGGGUGAUGGAGGAAGGGAG